UUAGAUCUCAGGGUCUGCUGUCAAUUUACCAGGGAAACCCCAACUAAUUUUAUCGAUGAAGACGUCGAGACCGACUUUAAAGAUCUUUUUUGCAUGUUUAGUGCUGAUUUAUUUAUGUACUUUAGUUAUAUCUCCUCGGAUGUAUUUUUUUUAUUAGAAAAGUAGUUUUACAUAAUAAAUGUAAUAAAAGAUGGACGAAACGACAGACCGUAAACAAAACCGGCAACCUGCGUCAGUAGCUAUCGAUGAAAAAUCAAAGUAACAAAGUGUAACGAGAUUUCAACUGUCUUAUUUUAAGCCACAGUUCUAAAGAUAUCAUUAUGUAAACCCAUUAAACUGGAUCAAAAAAACCGCACUGAUAUUGUUGGAGGAAAAAAUGUCCAUGUUCCUGCUUGAAUGCGCACAGCUAGUUCAUAGUAAAAGGUCAGUCGUUUCUCCCCAGUAAUGUUUUGAAUGAUAUCGCAUCCACUGAUUCGUUGUCGAAACAUGUAGUGUGAAAUAUCACUUUUAGAAAACCGAUUUAUAUCUGGUCAAUGCCCUAUUAUAGUCCCAUUUGAUAGCACUUGUUUUCCACUCGCAAGGGAGCGUAAACCAUCAUCAGUGGUGUGAUUCCUUUCUUCGCUGCCCGCUAUUGUUAUUCUGCGCUAGCAGACAGCAAAAGUAUUCACCUACCACCAUAACAAACAGAAGUCUGUUUGGACAGCCAGUCAGGUCAAUGAGUAGUAAACUAACUAGCAAGUCAAGUCAACCAGGAGGAAGAGAGGGACGACGAAGAGCCAGUCGUCGCUAGCGGCAGGAGUCGUAGAGGUAACGUUAACAACGACCAGCGCAAAAAGAUAGCAGUAAAAAGCUUAUCAUAAUACACAGCAUCUGUAUAGAAAGCAACUGGCACAGUUAGAUUACUUCUGCUGUUGAUUGCUAUGUGAAUGAAAAGACGACAGUGGUAUUUCGCUGGGUCGAUCGCUGUUGACCGCGUUACUCGUUGAUUUACUGAGCUGACUGUCGGUGAAUAUCGUUAUUGUCGAGUAUAUUGAUUGACUGGUUCUCUUCGGCCAAUGUAACUUCAGCUGAGAUACUGCUAGCUUCUGCCACUAUUUGACCGUCUCCGUAGGUUCGCCUGUGAAAAUUGACCCACUCUCUUCGAUAUAUUGUGGAUAUAUAGCCUGUAGGCUUGUGUAUAGAGUUCCCUGUACACGUCGGACCUUUCACGAUUUCGCACAAACUCUACGGCCAGCUGAACACUGACAGCAAAGGAUAACUCGUUUGCAAAUAAAAGAAAGAGUUUUCGGAAAAAACGUUCUAAAGCAGUAGGAUCAUCUAGCUACUGAAUGAAUAAUCUACGCGCUUGAUUGUGUGAUCAAUUUCGUAGUGUAUGGGCUUGACUGCGCUACAUUGUUUCGCGGUUUCGUCUUUUGGGACCUAUUCGAUCCGCGGUGUUCAUCGAUUUCGGACGCGACAGUAUUGAACUUGCAUCUGCAGUGAGUGCGUGUAAUCAGAUCUUUUAAGGGAUGCCGUAGCCAAAACGGAAAGACGGGCUGGCGAAGGCGCCUGGGUGGGGGGGGGAAUUAACGAUGAACGCGUUUCGACGGGCUCUAACUGGAAAAAAUGAGCCCGAGAACGGCUCUGAUGGCGACCUGGCAAAUCUGUGUCGAGACGAUGAGUUAAUCGGCGUUCUUGAUUCAGCCCAGACCCGACUGGCUCUCGUGGAAGAACUCGAGACAGUGGUGAACGUAGAUAAUAGCCUCAACAAUGUUACGGCUCUUGCCGCAACCGUACUGGGGGCCGGUGUCGGCGACGGCCCCGGGGGUCCACCACUUUUGGCCGCUUCAGCCGGACCCGUUGUUGUAGGGGGAACAGCUACAACCGGCCUCAAGGUCCAACACCAGCACCAUCACCAUGGAUACGUCGGUGAAGAUCAGCUAAUUGGCGAUGUCGCUUCUUCGGAAUCGACUUCGCUUCUCGACGAUUCAAGCGAUGAUAGUGGCGCAGACGAGAAUAGUCCAGCACCACAUUGCCAUCAGUCAAUGGUAGGAGCAUCAGCUGACGAACCUGGAAAAGGUGCUACCUGGAAAUUGUGCUGCGCGUUCGGCCUCUGCUUGUGCUUCAUGAUCGCCGAGAUGAUAGGUGCUUACAUUUCUAACAGCACGGCUAUCUAUUCGGAUGCUGCACACAUGCUGACAGAUCUAACUGGGUUUGGACUGUCGAUCGCUGCAAUAAUGAUCUCCGCUCGCCGAAAGCCGACGUCGCGCCUUCCAUUCGGAUUUUAUCGUGCAGAAAUCCUCGGCGCCGUUGCAUCCGUCCUUCUCAUUUGGGUUGUGACAGGCAUCCUUGUCUACGCUUCCAUCAAACGCAUCCAGACGGACGAUUUUGAGAUCGACGCGAACACGAUGAUGCUGGUGAGUGCUGCGGGCGUCGUCAUGAAUGCAACUAUGGCAGCCAUCCUUCACGGUUCAGUGCCCUGUGUACUUAAUAUAAGCGGAGGCGGUCAUUGCCAUUCACAUGGAGGCCUUUCAAGUGGACACGGAACUCAUAUUGGGCAUGGAAACGUUGGUGAACAAGGCGUUGGCAGUUUCGGCGCUGGAGGAAACCGUGAUAGAGGCGCGACUAAUAUCAAUGUUCGCGCUGCCAUGGUUCACGUGUUCGGUGAUCUAUUGCAGUCAAUUGGAGUUCUUAUUUCAGCCUAUCUCAUCAAGAACGAUCCCGCCUUGAAGCUGGCCGACCCUAUUUGCACGUUCAUCUUUUCAACGCUCGUAUUAGCCACCACCGUUGGUAUUAUGCGUGAUGCAUGUGCUAUUUUAAUGGAGGCGUUCCCUCGAAAGCUGAACUAUGCAGCAAUCAGGCUUGGCCUUGAGGCCGUGCCUGGCGUCCGACACGUGCAUAGUCUCCGCGCUUGGAGUCUAUCAAUGGAACGUAUUGUGUUCAGUGCGCAUCUUGCAGUGGACGUUCCAACUGAUCGCGACAUGGUAAUGCGUGCCGCCCAACGUCUGCUACGAAAACGUUUCCGGCUAUCAGAUAUUACCCUGCAGAUUGAAACAUAUGAUCGGCAAGCAAUCGCGCUCUGCGAGGAUUGUCAGCUUUAGCAGCGCGUGAAGCGGAAGAGGCGAAGAGAAGCAAAUUGCGAUACUUCUCUGUUGCGAUAUGUGAUCCAGCUAACGUAGAGGGAACCAGCAAGCAAUGGUGAUCAUUUCAAUGAUAACUAAAAGCUGCAAUAAUAUAUGAGGCCAAAGCCCCGAUGAAAAUCUGUUACUUUGGGCAGAAGCAGAUAUAAUAUUCGCUGCACUGGAUAUACUUGCCCGCUGGGCAGAAAAUCUGCGAAAAUCUAUUACAAAGAAAAUCAGCAAAAUCGCGAGCAAUCUGUAAAAAUUGUUAUUCAAGUACAUUGGCAGAAUCUUGUCUUUCGCAGUGUUUCUUCAUAUAGAAUCGUUUUCGGGAGAAGAUCAAGAUGCUAUGUAUUCAACUCACUCAUCCAGUUAGCUUUACUGCUUCAGCUAAUGCCAUAUUCGUAAGGGAGACGAGUAAAUUCAGAUUAUUAUUAUUAUUAUUUACAUGACGUAUUUAUUACUAUCGUUAGGCACAGACAGGCGCUUGUUCACCAAUGAUUGAAGGUUCUGCGCUGCAAACAAAAAAGCGGACAUUUCAUAAAAAGAUGUAUUUUAACUAUUUGUAUAUGACUGAAGUGACGUAAGUGUUCACGCGACUAAUCAUAGUAGCGACAAAAUAAGUGUAUAGGAUCUGAUGAUACUAAAGGAAACAACAAAUGAGCAUGAAGCUGUUUGGAAAAAAUGAUUGACAGCAUGGAUCCUCUGUACGUCGAAGAAAUAUAUCGAGUUUAAGCUCAUCUGAGAUUUCAACCGUGGCAGUUUGUGCAACAAUUAAAAAAACGACUUCGGUCUUCCAGACCAGGUUUUCUGAGCUACGCCGAAAUAGGCCCAAAAUGAAGAUAAAAAGAAAAACCGCACAAGAAGACAGAAGACAAAAAGAACGUAUCAUCACGCAGUUGUCUAUUAUUUAGUUGGGCAUGUUGUGUUUACGGCUAUGAUGGCUGUGCCUGAUAAUAAUAAUAAUAUGCGUUUUAUUAGCAUAUGUAUUAGUCACCGCCGGCCGUAAUUAAACCGAAAACAAGAUAACCAGCUAACGUACAUAUCAUGCAAACAUAGACCGCGCACUGUACUGGAUAUUCGCGCUGCUUGAUAGCGUUGGAAACUAGAGCGAAAAGAGAUAAACAUCUUGUGUGUAGUACACUUUUGCUGUAUGAAGACGCAAAUAUAUAGUCAGAUAAAGAGAUAAUAAAUAAUGGGUGCGGCGGAAAAGGAUAACAGAGGAAGCGCACGGUGGGGGUGGGCCUCUUUUGCGAUUGAUUAAAGGUUUGUGUUCAUGUGACUGUGUUCCAAGUGGCUUCGGCUUGGCUCUGCGUAGGUGUUCAUUUGUCGGUUGAGUCUAGUCUAGAAGUAUGUUCGCAUAGAACAAUGUCUGAAAUGUCGACUCGUUCCUAAAUUGUACCAGCCGUUCGGUUUAGAUAUAUUUUUCAUUAGCUAACUGGGUAGCUAUAUUUUCCAUUAGCUAACUGGGUAGCUGUGUGUCGAAAAAGUAGGUAAUAAUGAGGCGCUUGUGCUGUUGAGAAGCUUGGUUGUGCCUUCCGAGGCGGAUUCUGGUAAAAACAAGCCAAUGCUAAUGGCUUCUGAUAACAUGUGUUCUUGCUACGAGGCAAAGCCACCUUUAGCCAGAUGCUGAGGGUUGUAAACUCUUGGCCUGUUUGUGCGACAGCGACACUGGCGGCUUAAUUGAGUAGGACGUAACUAUUUUUAUUCAAUUUACCUUUUCCUCCAGCCUCGUCAUGGCGUAUUCGCUUCUAAAUUGAAUUGAGAUCACACCCCAAUGAUUUCAUUACGUGGAAAGAAGACAACGUUGACGAAAAUGGAUUAACACUAAGCGUAGGCAAACUCUUUCAAGACAUUGAGUUACUUUUUGACGCCCUAUCUGAACAAUAAAAUAAACUUGAAUACCAUGGGCAGGCUAGAGAAAACAAGCAAG